GGGCCGGGGCGCUCAGGCGGCGGCGGGCGCCGGCGCGCAGGGCAGCGGCCCGCAACAUGCCCAAAGCGCUCAAGGGCGACCACACCAUCGUGACCCCGCGGCUGGCGUAUGAGCCUGCGUGCAAGGGUCCUGUGACUCCCUCUGCCGAGGCCACCGCGGCGGUCAAGAGCCGCAAGACCCCGUCGCCCACCGCCAAGCCGCCGUCGCCGACCAAUUUCGCCAACCGCAAGACGCCCUCUCCAACCCCCUUCUCGCGCUCCGGGGGCCGCUCGCCGAUCGGUGGCCAGCGCAGCUCGCCCACCUUCAACAAGGGCGCGAGCUCUCCCACCCGCUUCGUCGGGGAGCGGCCGUCGGUGCGGCAGCCGCGCUCGCCGCAGGUGCGCUCUGCCUCGUCGGGAAGCCCCGACCCGACCGACUACGCGCGCACGCGGUCGCCCUCACCCUCUCCGAUGCAGCGCCCCGCCUCGCCAGCCGUCGGCAAGCGGCUCUCUCCAAAGCCGGCGGCCGCCAUGCUCCGCCAGUCCAAGUCGUCCAGCUCGUACGCCGAGCAGUUUGGCCGCGCCGAGCGCCGGCCGCGCCGCGACUCGUGUGACGCCGAGGACGAGCGGCUCACGCCACGCACCACGGUGGCCAAGCAGUCGUCGACGGUCGGCACGCAGACGGACCCGGUCGAGGACGAUGCGAGCGGCGCCGGCCAGCUCGUCCGGCCCCAGGCGACGCGACCCCGCCCGGGCGAGGCGUACGACGAGCGCUUCCUCGAAAACAUCGCAAAGAUCCAAGGCGAGCUGGCCAUGGCCGUGUGCUCGGGCAUGGAGCUCAUCGCCGAGCGCGGGGCAGGCGCAGCGAUGGGGGCCGCGGCGGCGGUGGGGCCGCAGACCUUUGCCGAGGCGGUGCUGACCACCAAGACGACGCAGCAGCGGUUUGACCAGCAGAUUCAGCAGCAGCAGCAGCAGCCGUGGCCGGGGCGCGCGCGGGCCGGCGAGGCCGCCGACACGCGCCGCUCCAAAAAGAGCGGGGAGCCUCCUGGGCGCUGGGGGGACGACCCAACCCGCAACCGCGGCCAACCGGGUCUUGGCGUCUUCCCCAUCGACGACGGUGGGCCGGUCUCCUUGCAGCUCGGCUGA